AUGGGCAUUCUGACAGAGCUGUUGCAGGUGCUGGGAUUCCUGGGAGUGGCUCUGGGGGGCUCUCCUGCCUUCCGCUGGGACAGCACCUCCUGCCACUUGGCCAGGCCCAUCCGUGGCAGCCCCCUGGGGUCCCUGAGCUUCCUGGGCAAGGAUGCCCAGAGACUGGCCCUAUUCCACGCCCACUGGGAUGUGCACAGGAGGCUGCAGGCAUGUAGCUGGCAGGACGAACCGGAGCUCACCAAAGUCUUCAGUGCCCUCUGCACUCAUGAGACCACCCGGAGCUCCUUCAUCCACACGCCUGGACCCGAGCUGCAGAGAGCACUGGCCACCCUUCAGAGUCAGUGGGAGGCCUGCCGCGGGCCUGAGGACAGGCCAGCAGGGGCCAGAGAGAAGCGGGCAGCAGGGCAGAAUGGAGCACCUGGCCAAGGGCGCCAGCGAGUGAAGAGAGGCUGGACCAUGCCUGGAACGCUGUGGUGUGGAGUUGGGGACUCUGCUGGGAACUCCUCGGAGCUGGGGGUCUUCCAGGGCCCUGAUCUCUGCUGCCGGGAACACGACCGUUGCCCACAGAACAUCUCGCCCUUGCAGUACAACUAUGGCAUCCGAAACUACCGGUUCCACACCAUCUCCCACUGUGAUUGUGAUACCAGGUUUCAGCAAUGCCUGAGGAAUCAGCACGACUCCAUCUCAGACAUUGUGGGCGUGGCCUUCUUCAACGUGCUGGAGACCCCCUGCUUUGUGCUGGAGGAGCAGGAGGCGUGCAUCGUGUGGUACUGGUGGGGCGGGUGUAGGACGUAUGGCUCGGUGCCCCUUGCUCGCCUCCAGCCCAGGACCUUCUACAAUGCUUCCUGGAACUCCCCGGCUACCUCUGUGACUUCCAGCCCUCAGAGCUCAGCCCCUACCAAGCCUCGUUCGAAGCAGCACCCUCGGAAGUGGCUGUCGCAGCGGAAAGCAUCCAGGCAUCCCAGCAAAGCUAACAUCACAGCCCUCCAGGCCCCCAUGGCCUCCCCUAGGCCUGAUGUGGCUCCUAUAGCCCAGCCAGGGGUCCACCAUUUAGGCUUCCAGGACCCACAGGGUGGCCUAAAACCUCAGGAUGCCCGCCGGGCCUGCCGCAGCUUCCACCACCUGGACCAGUGUGAGCACCAGAUCAGGCCCCAGGAAACCAGGUUCCAGCUGCUCAACAGUGCCCGUGAGCCCCUCUUCCACUGCAACUGCACACGCCGUCUGGCACGUGUCCUGAGGCUCCAAAGCCCACCUGCAAGUGCCACCAUGCUUUGGGAACUGCUGGGCACUAACUGCUUCAAGCUGUCCCCUCCAUUGGACUGUGCUGAGGGCAAAGGCUGUUCCAGAGACCCUAAAGCCAUCAAGGUGCCGGCUCGGCAUUUGCGGAGGCUGCAGCAGAGGCGAUUCCAGCUCCAGGAUAAAGGCACGCAUGAGCGGCAGGCACAGCUUUCAGAGCACCUGGGGGCUUCCAUUUCAUUCUAUGACCAAUGCCUGCAGCUAACUGAGGCAGCUGGGAGACCUGAGGGGCAGCAGAAAUCCUGGAGCCAGUGA